AUGUGUAUUUGCGUAUCGCAUUUCGAUGAACUAAUAACGGCAUUCGAGCCGAGGAGGAAUAAAAAAUGUUAUACGUGUGUAUCAACUGCUCACAAUUCUUUGGAUCCGUCUGCUUCAGCAUUACCACAUACAAAAGUUAAAGCGAGUAAGAGUGGACUUCGUAGAAUUGAUUUAGGCCUUAUUCUAUUAAUUCAUACGGAUUAUCCCGAAGUACACAAUUCCUACGGCGAGUGGAUUUGUAGAGAGUGUGCUGAACGAUGGAAAGGAAUGAUACCAUUCAUUGAUGAAUCUAGUGAAAGUGAGAAGGAUGAUGAGUACCGACCGGAGCCGGAUUUGCCGAUAUUAAGACAAGACGACGAAGACAACGGCCUUGAUCGUAGUCGAUAUAAAGAGCAGAAAACUGCACUGUUAACAUUUCUACAGUUAUCUGGCAAUGAUAGAGAAAUUUGGUCUACAAUGAACUAUAAUAAUUUAACUAAAAAGUCGAAAAAUACAUUUCUGUUUACCGCUCGAUCUGUUAUUAAAACCGUACGUUUAUUUCUUGCUCCUAAUGAUAUUACUGAUGUGAAACGUGAUCUAUUCGACACAAAAAACGAUUCGAAUCCUGUUUGA